AUGCGACACGUCGCGUUCGGAGGCGGACGGGUUCGAGCACGCGAGCAUCCGGCGCAGCUCAAGGGCCAGCUGCGUGGCGCGCACCGUCGCCGUCGUCGUCGUCGUUCCGUCGUCGUCGUCGUGCCAUCAUCGUCGUCGUGCCAUCAUCGUCGUCGUCGCCGCCGUCGUGUCAUCAUCAUCAUCAUCAUCAUCGUCGUCGUCGUUGUCGUCGUCGCCGUCGUGAGGAUGAAUCAGGACCCAGCACGGGCAGAAGAUCCCGUCUCCGCAGCCGGACCACAGCCCCCUCCCCCCCACCACGGGCCUACUCUCUUCCGCCCAGCGCACCCACCCACCCACCAGCUUCUCCGCCCGGCCCAGCCCGGCACUUCAGCCCCCCCCAUGCAGCCCGCCCCAGACGGAAGCGCCAACCAUCCGCGACCGCCUGAAAAGCUGCAGCUGAAACUCGGGAAAAACAAAGCAAAACAAAACAAAACAAAUAGAGGUGAGCAGCUGGGCGAGGAGCAGCCCGACGCUGCUUUGCCAAGCCAAUACUCCGCGUGGCUUGCUCGUCCCCGUCGGAGCAACUUGGACGAUUACGUACCGAAUGCAGUGUGCUCAACGGGCCUCGCGAGCGGCUGGGGCCAGGUGCUGCUUGCUGGUGCUUGUGCUGGUGCUUGCGCUGGUGCUUGUGCUGGCGGCGGAUAG